AAACAAUGGAUUAAUUAGGAAUAAAAGUAAAAAAUUUAAAACGACUAGACACGGUUUUUGAAAUAUUGGUACCAGAUAAUUGUCGGCGAAUUUUUAUUUAGAAACAAGAAAAUAAUAGAAGCCGAUGGGUCCCGUAAUGAUCGACCUCUAGAACUAGAAGCAAAGCGACCAACUCGUGACUAUCAAAGUCAGCGUCAACUCCAAAUAUCCAACCCGUUCCUUACUGUAUUAAUGAAUCAUUGCAAUAAUGUCUUACAUUGAAUUGAGAUCUAUUUCCAAGUCAUGUCAUUCUAAGAAUAUUAAACUCUUAUCUUUUCAGUACAAGCUAAACCAUGUUUUGAAGUGAUAGUGAUGUUGUGUUGUAUUUUUCUUGUUGUUGUUUGUUGAUUAAAUGAUGCAUUUUGAGCCUACGUUUAAAGAUCUUUUUCUUCGGCCAAACGAAACGAAUAAUCACGAGCUUGUUCUAUACGUUAGUCAGUUUCAAGAUAUUAGAAUUUGUUGGCAAUUAUAAAAUGAUGAAAGCUUUGACUUAUGUUUAGGUGUGUGAACACUGGCCGCUAAUCGUGCCGUCGCCACCCAUAACCACCACUAUUACUCUUUUGACUUAAAACAAUUAUUAAAUGACACAAUAAUUAAGCCUCUUUCGUGAUGAGAGUAAUCUGUCAAAAUCAUAUACAUCAAAUUACAAAAAUAAAUUAAGAUGUUAGCAUCAAUAACCCCUAAAGGGACAAAGAGACUAAAACAUUGUUUGUUAUUUGUCCAGCCCACAAGAAUCCUGGACUUGACAAUUGCUGCAUUAGAUCCUUCUGCACUAUCUUUCUUAAAUGGCCUUGGUUAAAGACAUGUCAACACAUAAAAGCCCAAAUCAGUGUAUUGGGAAUAAAGAAAUAAGGUGAUUUUGUGUAAGUUGUUCGUCGGCCGUGGCAGGGCCAUUACGAAGCGUAGUCAGAAGACAGAGACCAUAAAAUGAAUUGAAAAUUUAUAAUUUGCGUUUUUCAGAACAAAGAAAAAAAAAAAAAAAGAAGGAAACAACCCAUCAUUAGACCUAAUUAACCAAGGAACUAAAUUUGAUAUGUCUCUCUAAUUCACCGGUGACAAAUUAUUUCAAUUCUUUCCCUAAAAAAACUUACUAAAAUUACCCAUUUUUUCUUUUAGCAUAUGUAUUAAUAUAAAUAACCAAACUCCUUCUCUUUGUUCAAAUAAUCAACAACCGGUGUUCAAACACCAUACAAUUCUACACAAAAACAUAUAAAAAUGUCUACUAAUCUCCACCUUGCGACCGCGGUGGUCCUCCUCCUCCUGACCGCGAGCCAAAGCGGUGUAGCAAUGGCUCAGCGGGUUAUGGGAGGCGGGCGCGAUCCAUGCUCCGUGUCAGAUUUCAAGGUGUUGUGCAGAUCCGUGGUGAAGGGCCAAAAGAAUGUUAACGCAGCGACAGAGGUAUCCAUACGAGAGCUGAUGAAAAGAACGAUCAAGGCCAAAGAAGCUGCCAAGAUUAGCCGGAAAAGCGGUGGAGGACUCAAAACUUGCUACUCAAACUAUGACAGUGCGCUCGAAAAUCUACAAAAGGCGUUAAAAAACAUUAAACAAAAUGAUGGAUUUAGUCUUAACAUCAAUCUUAGUGCCUCCUUAACGGACUUUGAUACGUGCAAUGACGCCAUGGGUGGUGGUAAGGCUUCGAAUGUCUUCGCCAAAUCCACAAGUACGUUGCACGAAAUGGCUGAUAAUUGUUUGGCUCUCUCUACCCUCGUCAAACAAUAAUGAUAAAGCCAGAUGUGAAUGUUUUAAUUUGAACAAGAAAACAAACAAAAAAAGAAUGAAAAAAUGUUUGAAUUUACAGUAGAUUUUUUUUUUUCCCUUUUUUUGACUCUUGUGUACAGUUUCGGAAUGUUUUGAACAUUGUGUGAUUAAGAGGGUUUUUUCUUGGUUGCUUAUGAUAAACAUACAUAUGUUCUGUUUC